AUGACACAACGUCUAAGUCGCGAUGUUGAAUAUGUUGUCGUAACGGAUCGAAAACCAAAACCUACACAACGCUAUUAUAUUGAUUCUGAUGAUGAUAACGAUUCGCAGCCAGUAGUAACUACUAGAAGAAUUGUUCGAACAAAACCGAUUAAAGAACACCGAAUAAAGUAUGCAGAAAUGCAGAAUGGUGAGUCUGAUCAUAGACAACAACACGUAAUUGAAUCCGAUGAUCACGGAAUAAAAAUACGUAAUACAACUAGCGGUGAGCAAAUUGUACUGGACGAAGAUGAUAAUAUUCUAAAAAUAAUUCGACAUCCUCGAACACCAACGCCAACACCACCACUUCUUGAAAAACGGCGACAUAAAUAUCGACACCGAGAGCCUCGAACAGUUUUUUAUGAAACUUCAGACGGUCAAUUAAUAGCACGUCCACCGAAACGUCACGAAUCGCGUAGAAGAAAAUCUGAAUAUGUUUAUGUUGAUAAUGAUUCACCAAAAGUUGUACGAAAAGUAAUUAUUGAUCCUAGGACUCAUGAACAAGAGAUUAUUUAUGAAAAAGAGAAACCGAAAAAGAGUUCAGUACAAAAGGUUAAGAUUCGAAAACCUGUAAAUGAAAUAAUCGUCGAUCCCGAUGAUGACUAUGAACAAGAACCGGAAUAUGUUAAAAUAGUACGACGACCAGUGCAGAGAACAGUAAUAGAAAACAAACAGCCAUCAACAAAAUAUGUCAUGAUUAGAAAAAAAGUUGAACCUGAAUCAUCUUUUACAUUAGCGACUCCACCGAUUUCGACGAAUCGUCGUGUAGUUUAUGCAUCACCACCGAAAAAGUCUCCAACUAAAUAUGUCUAUUCAAUCGAUGGAAAAUAUUACAAAUAG